AUGGCUCUCCAGGAGUCUUAUGAAACACUUCUGCGUCCGUAUAAGGACAAGAACGAGUUUGAUCUUCAUUACCCGAUAUCGUACAAGCCGUAUGUUGGGAUCAUCGACAACACAAGUAACCAAUCCAUCUCUAUGGACCUCCCCUUCAUUAACCAGGCCUCAUCAGGGUCUGGCAGAACUGCUCGCAAGAUUAUCAAGCCGCUGGUCACUAGACCGCAGACAACAUACCACAAGAACAUCUACCUGGAUUUGGAGUUCAAGGAGUAUUUAGAUUGGAACAAUUUGAAACAAUUGGUGUCUUCGUUGCUCCACUCGUUUGCCACUAAUUAUUUCAAGUUGGUGCUCAACCAGCCCUUCGAAAUUGCCACCACUUUGUUACAGGUAGGGUCGUUCCAGAAUCAUAUAUCGGUGCCCAGCCGUGCAGUGCAAGACGAUUCCGAGUCCGAUGACGACGAUAACUAUUUUACCAAGGAAGAUGACAACUUAAGCAAAAUGAGACAAUCGCACAUCGAGCGCGCGCCGAGACUCAGCCAUUCCACCAACGCUCCAAAAAAAGUGAUGCUCGACAAAAUAGAGCCUGUUUCACUGAACACAUUAGACGUUCUCUCUGCUCUUGUGUCCAAAGAGGGCCCUCGGGGAGUGUUCAAAGCAGUCAACACAUCGUUUCUGAUCAGUACGCUUCAAUACACCAUCAGAUCGUGGGUUAGCGGCUUUAUCUCCGGCUUGCUAGGCAUUCCGGAUCCAUUUUACGUGGAAAUGAUGCAUUCCCCAAACGCAGGUUUGAGUUUGGCCUUAAGUGUCGGUGCAGACGUUGUCACCGGACUACUGCUGGCGCAGCUCAAUCUUAUCAGAAUGAAAUUCAUUGUUACAAACUCCGGAAAGGGCCCAAGAUCGUUUAGAGAGAUCAUCUGGACUUUGCCACGUUUCUUUAUCUUCACGCCUCCUAAAGACCUCAUCAUUCCAAAUAUCGUCACCAACGCCAUCAGAUCAUUCACCAUUCACUAUCCAACCUACUUCUUGACCGUCCUAUGGCAGGUGAACAAAUAUAAUUCCAUAUCCCUUUACAACGCACUGGUGUUCAUGUCCAAGGUGUUGGGUCUGUUUGUCAGACUGCCUUUCGAAACCCUAUACAACCGUGCUCAGGUCAGCCAUCUCCUCACAUGCCCUACACUUCCCGAAUCGAUGAAAUUGUCUCCAGAUCAACUAUGCAUUAAGUUUGGCGGCUACUAUGGCUAUCUAUCGACUCUCUACUACGUUGUGACGGGCACCAAACCCGUCGAUUAUGGGGCCGACAACUCGUUUGCAGAAAACGUUGUUCUAGAGAUCGAGGACAGAGACGAAAUCAACAAAGGAUAUGAGGCCGUUUUCAGAGGCUGGAAGGUCCAGCUGAUUCGGCUUGUGUCGCGGUUCUUCCUCAACUUGCUCGCCCAGGAGUCCCAAAACUCUGAGAAAUUUUAA